AAGGUGAUUGACGCGCAGGGCACUGUGGGAAUGGAACACAUGGAGUGAGGCUACUCGCAAGGAAAGAGGGGAGGCUGUGCUGGUUAUACGGUAAUUUUCCUAUUUUUCUGUUUGCGUGUCUUCUUUAGAACUUAAAGAUGGCAUCCAAAAAAGAUACGGCGUUGGAUACGCGUUUUAGCCGUGUAACAAAAGACCCUAGAUUCUGGGAAAUGCCCGAAAAAGACAAGAAGAUUAAAAUUGAUAAGCGUUUCCAAUCUAUGUUUCACGACAAAAAAUUCAACCUGAAAUACACUGUGGAUAAACGGGGCAGACCAAUGAAUCAUAGUACCAAAGAAGAUCUGAAAAGGUUUUAUGAUCUAUCAGACACCGAUGAGGAUGAAGUUGGAGAUGAAGAAACAUCUGUAGGGUCCAAAAAGGGGAAAGGAGCAAUUAAAGCUAAAGAAAAGAAGAAACGGGAAUCUAAACCUAAAGACAAAAGUGACAAGAAUAAGCUUGAAGAGACUGAAGAAGGCAAGGAAGAUAAUGACAGCCAAAAAUUAAAAGGGAAAGAUGGAAAACUAACUAAGGGAAGUGUGAAGGAAAAGGCUGAACAUACAAUUUCUUCCUCUACAAAUAAAAAAUCUGAAAAACAAGGGGUUAAAAUUCCAGUGCAACAGGAAUCCGAGGAUGAGGAGUCAGCAGGUCUCGAGGAUGACAGCGAUGAGGAGAGUGAUGAAGACAGUGAUGUUUCUGAAGGAAAUGAUCUAGAAAUUGAUGAGGAUUUGGGUAGUGAAGAGGAAAGUGAAUCAGAAGAUGACGUUUCAGAGGACGGGAAAGAUGAUGAUGAUGAUGAUGAAGAAGAAGAAGAAGAAGAACAACGUUCUGGAGAUGAGAAUGAAGAAGAAAGUGAUAGUGGCCCCGAUUUGGCUAGGGGUAAAGGGAACAUUGAAACAAGCUCUGAGGAUGAAGAUGAUGACGAUGAUGCAGAGGAUGCCCAAGAAAAAGACCUUGAGAUUGAGCAUGCAUGGAGAGAGUUGGACAAAGAUGCACCUCGUGGAGACGAGGUUACCAAUCGUUUAGCCGUUUGUAACAUGGACUGGGAUAGAUUGAAGGCCAAGGAUCUGCUCGCCCUCUUUAAUUCUUUUAAACCGAAAGGAGGUAUCGUGUUCUCCGUGAAGAUCUACCCUUCAGAAUAUGGCAAGGAGAAGCUGAAGGCCGAGGAGCUUCAUGGUCCUCUGGAACUAAAGAACCUUUCAGAAGAUGUUACAGAUGAACAAGGCGUUUAUAAAGAAAAACUGCGUGAAUACCAGUUUCAACGGCUGAAGUACUUCUACGCGGUUAUUGAAUGUGACUCUCCGGAGACCGCCAAUAAAAUCUACGAAGAGUGUGAUGGGCUCGAGUUUGAAAGUAGCUGUUCCUUUGUGGAUCUCAGGUUUAUACCCGAUGAUGUGCAAUUUAAUGAUGAACCAAAAGAUUCUGCUGUAGAUGUGGAUCUGGCUUCUUACAAACCUAAAUUGUUUACGUCGACAGCCCUGUCAACAUCUAAAAAGGUGGAACUUACCUGGGAUGAGACGGACCACGAGAGAAUCACAACUCUGAACCGACCGUUUAAGAAAAACGAGAUUCUUGAUCUGGAUUUCCAGGCCUACCUGGCUUCCUCCAGCGAAGAAGAAGAGGAUGAGGAGGAAUGUGCUCCAGACACUGAGGCUCCCGCAGGGAACGAGGACACAAAAUCUAAGAAAAGUAUAAAGGAUGACGAAGAACAGAUUGCUCGUUACAGGGAGCUCCUCAAAGGCAUCCAAGAGAAAGACAAGAAGAGGGACAAUGAGAUGGAAAUGGAAGUAAAGUGGGUCCCAGGUCUUAAAGAAAACGCUGAGAAAAUGAUCAAGGACAAGUUAGAGGGUAAGGACAAGCUAACGCCGUGGGAGAGGUACCUUCAGAAACAGAAAGACAAAAGGAAAAUGAAGAAGAGGAAAAAGGGUAAUACAGAAGAAGAGGAGGAGUCGAAUGAAGAGGAGGAAGUUCCUUCUGAUGUUGACUUUAACGAUCCAUACUUUUCUGAAGAGCUCAAGAAGCCAGGUCUGAAGAAUAAAUCUACAUCUGGUAAGAAAGAAGGAGAGCAGUCGUCUUCAGAAGAUGAGGCUGAGAACGAGAAACAGCAGGCUGAAAUGGCUCUGCUUAUGAUGGACGACGUGGAAGAUGAUCGCAAGCAUUUCAACUAUGAUAAGAUUGUGGAGCACCAAAACCUGACUAAAAAGAAGAAGAAACAACUGAAGAAAAAGGAGCAAUUAUUGGAGGAUGAUUUCCAAAUUGAUGUUGAAGACACAAGGUUCCAAGCUCUGUAUACAUCUCACCUGUACAAUGUAGAUCCUUCAGAUCCCGGUUUUAAGAAAACCAAAGCCAUGGAGAGAGUUAUUGAAGAAAAAGCUAGAAGACGAGAACAAAAACCAUCAAGCCAUGCAGCGGCGGUAAAGGAACAGGAAACCAAACUGGAGAACGUUCAGCAGAAAGGGACGUCUGCUGUGAAAACCACAGACCCAGCUCUGUCCAUGCUCCUGAAAUCCGUCAAGAACAAAACUCAGCAGUUUCAAGCUUCAAAAAAGCAAAAAACAAAAUAGCUGCUUUACAUCUCUGUGCUAAUCAUGGCAGCACAUUUUGCUCCUCUCUUGUCCUCAAUCUUGUAAAGCAUCGGUUUUAUGCUGUGGAUAUUCCAUGAGCUCCAGUCCCGAUGCACCAAAUCUGAUGAACAGCACAUACAUGAAUUUUGUAUAUAUAACUAUACAAAAAAUAAAAUAUUUGACAUUUUUAACAAGAUGCUCUUGUAGAUGAAA